AUUGACAUAUCAUUCAGUUUGAACCACUGUGUUGUGUCAUUCAAUUCAGCUGUGUACCCUUUUCCAUUGUUAUUUGGGCCCAUAUCGAUUCUUACGAAUUCCCCAAGGUCGCUUACAACAGCAACUUGGGUGAACUGCAUAGGCCAAAUGAAGUGUUUAACUUUUGAUUGCAAUGGCCCAAGUGGAUGUGACUGGCCGGGGGAUGGGCGAUGUGAUUUACCCAACAGCACGUCUGGUAAGGAUAAUGACCACAUGUCCGUCUUAGUCCUUGGAGCUGCAGACAUGGACUGAAGCCAAAAGACCAGACUUGAUACCGACAGCACUGCAGCUGAGUUUGGUCUGCAUGUCCACGCCCGGGAACACACACAGAAUCUCGUCUGAACCAUUACUCUGUAGCUGACCACUUCAUAUAAGAUAUAAGCAUCCGCUUGCCCGCGCAGCCGAUAAAUUCUCAGCUCAGAAAGCCAUUUAAGUCGCCAUGUCACAAGCUGGAUCUGUGAAGAGCGAGCCUGCUCAGUCGGAAGUAAAUGGGAGAGUUACGUCCCCUGGCCAGAAAUCCUCAGGAGCUGCUGUCGGCCGUGGUGGAGUGAACGAGCGGCCAGAGAAGCAAGAUGAUAUGGCAUCCGGACAGAGGAUGAUCUUUUCUGGGCCGAACUCGCUGAGACAACACAGGGUAACGGUUCCUGACAGCGUCAUGUGGGUGGGAAUCGGAGAAAGGUCCCCUGAGGUGACGAGUGAGGUAGCUUACCUGAGCCGACCUGCCCCAGACACACCCUUCCCAAUGUGCCGCUCUCGACAUGUGGGAGAGGUGGGCUGGACUGUGGAAUUCUUCAGCGGCGUCACUGGAAAGGAGCAGAUUGUCACACCACCCACUAGGUAGUCACCAGGUGCAAGACUCGUCAAGCUAUCAUCAGUCAAAUGUCCCGAUUUAAACCCGGCCGAAAAAAGUGAAGGCGGCAGAUCAAUACUGAUGGCGCCAACGUGUUAACUAGAUCAAGGGACAGGUGUGAAUAAUGACAUUGUUAGUUUUAUAACAUGAUCAUUGAUAUACCCAUAGCUCGCCUCCAAAUACCUCCUGUCUUAACGGGUUAAUCGUGUUGGCUUCCACUUGCUACCACCUGUGACGUGCAUAUUUCCCACCGGACAUCUGUGAUGUAUUGCUGUCGUCUUCUAUUCUGAGCUGUUAAGUGGACUGACCUAUAUCUCAGAAAUCACGCUUGCAUUAGACACUUCGUUUUAAUGUGUAAGGUUCCAUGCAAUGCUCAUUUGUGAGGUAUGAACAACGUAACGUUAAGUCACAGUAGACGAGAGCCAGAGAUUGAACAGUUUCUGUUCUUAGAUUUCAUUGCAUUAUUCUUUUAGGAAAACUGUUGACAGUGCCAAGUAUCGCCAUUAAGUGUCGCAAAUUGUGUUUGUAAAUCAUCACAUCUUAGAUCUGCCUAAAUAUCACCGUUUAAGAAUGUGUUGAAAUGUGAUAAAGGUUAUUUAAUGGCAUGAUGCUGUAUUCUUGUGAUUCGCCUUGAGAAUCGUGAUUAAUAUAUAGAUGAUCAAUAGAGAGGACACCGGAUUGCGUGAUCUUGUUUCUGAAA